GAUGAUGAUGAUGAUGAUGAUGACGGUGGUGAUGAAGAUGAUGAUGGUGAUGAAGAUGAUGAUGACGAUGAUUAUAAAGAUAAUUACGAUAACGAAAAUGUUUAUUUAAAUGAUGAAGAGAAUGAUCAUGAUUUAUGAGGAACACGUGACUUGGAUUAGUGAUAAACUAGAAUUGAGAACAGGGAAUCAUCAUGCUGAGCAUUUUUCAUUCAGUCAAUGACGAACUUGUUUUUUUGCGUGAAGUUAUGCAAUUGAAAACAUCUCUUAUAAAGGGAAAAUUCGUCGAAAAUUAUUAUGUUUAAGAUUUCAAAUUGAGAAUCGCAUUUACAGUCCACGCUAAGUAUAAUAAGUUUAAACACUUUACAGGGAGACAAAAUAUAACGGUUUUAAUUAAUUGAAGACGGUUGAUCCUCUGUCGCAGUUGGAGAGAGUUUCAACUCAAAUGGUGUAAACUUUUCCAAUAAUAAAUGUUACGAUUAAAUGAAAAAUGUCUGUC